CUCAUUUUGGUAGUAAUAAAUCAGUAAGGAAGGUCUUUACUCAGAAAGCGUGCCGUUUCCUUGUUGCAGCAUUUCGGCGUUUGCUCCAACCCUCCAGCAUCGUAACACCACUCAACUUCCUCAACAGCAGUGAAUAUUUGACUCUACAGUUUUGACUGAGGUCAUUUGUCAGAGCCCAGUGGAUGAGCCGACUUCUCGUCUGAUUUGUUUGGAACGAUGACAGGUGGACGGGAACUGCUGCUCCUGGCAGCAGUGAUCGCUCUCCUGGUGCGAACUGAGCAGAAACCAACAGUGUACAUGACUCCCAACCUGUCACAGAUCUUCACUGGAGAUUUGCUGUACUUGCACUGCAAUGACAGUCAGGAUGGGAGCACAGCAAUCUGGAAGUUCAAUGGCAACAAGGAAACGCAAAGUAACCCCCUGAAGAUAGCAGCUGCUUCCUCCAAGGACUCAGGAAUCUAUAAUUGUACAAUCAACGGCCAAACAAGCGAUGACUUCAACUUCAAAGUUCUAGAAUACGUUCCCAUCGCAUCACUUAGCAUCACGACAGGCCAGCCAGUGAUGCGCAAGAACGCCAAAGUCCUGCUGGAGCUCACAAACGAUGACGGACUGCAGGGAUGGCAGUGCAGGGUCAACCGAGGAACGAAGACCAGAACAGUUAAACUGAAAUUGAACAACGAAAAUCCAACAUCAUUUAUCUUUGAAACUAAAGAACUGAUAGUUCCCAAGACCAUCUACUGGUGUGAAAAGAAGGAUACAGAGGACAGAAGUAACCAGGUUGUUCUCAGGACCACUGACAAUGAAGUGACUCUGGAAAUGUAUCCGUUUCCUGCAAUAGCAGGAGAGAAAAUGACCCUGAGAUGUCUUGUGUGGGGAACAAAUGAAGUUACCAAAUCUGUCUUCUACAAAGAGAACACCAAAAUCAAGAGCGUUCAGGGAGAUACGUAUGAUAUCCCUGCAGUUACUGAAUCUGAGGUGGGAAGUUAUAAGUGUAAAGCCACCUACAGAUACAAGGACCAGACAGUCGACCCACAUGUAUACGAUUCUGAUGUCCAGGAUGUACCUGUCCAUGUUUGUCCCGUCAGAGCGGUGCUGUCUGACACCAUGGGGUGCUCCUGUCCAUCAUGUGAUAGCCAGGGGCCCAUCAAGUCAUACAUGUACUACAAGCAAAAUGGUGACUCCUGGACGAUGCUCGGUCAAAACCAACAUCCAGACGGUGACGGUACUUACCACUGCAGAGCUGUUUUGGUUAACAUGAGGACUUUACCCAGCAACUCUGUGACAUAUAAUCGCAGUAUUUCUGGACCGGUGAUUGGGAUCUUGUGUUUCAUCGUUCUGUUGGGAUUGCUCAUUUUCGCCGUGGCAUUUUAUAAGUGGAAUAAGAAGAGAAAUGAGAGAGUGGACAUUUACGAGCAAGUCCCGAUGAGGCAAGGGGAUUCCAAUUAUGAGGCUAUAAACGUGAGGCAAGUGAAAGAGGGUGAAUACGACACGCUUCAACCUGGAGCAGAGGGCAGACAGAAGACAGGUGGCGAAUACGAAGCACUGACGAAACGGGAAGGCAAAGACGAAGUUUACCACACUCUGGGAGAAAACGUAGCAUCGGGGGGAGGAGACGGGGGUUACGAAGCUCUGAAGACAGCAGGAAUCCAAAAGGAUGAAUAYGAAACCCUGAAAACCAAGCAACCGGAGAGAGGGACGGGCGCAGAAAGCGGAGGAGACGGGGGUUACGAAGCUCUGAAGACAGCAGGAAUCCAAAAGGAUGAAUAYGAAACCCUGAAAACCAAGCAACCGGAGCUGGAGACAGUGGAAGAGAUAAAAGAGGAGAAAUGAGAGAGAGGCUCUUAGAAGGAUGGCGGGUUUCCUUCCACCCAGUGGUGGACAGACCCGCCCAGAAAUGAUCCUCAAGUCAGAAAAUCUAAACAUUGACACAUUUUCACUCAAGUAAAGUGAAAAGUACAUCCAAAACGUUAAAAGUGUUUGGUAUAAAGGCGACUCAAUACCGAGUAACGGUUUGAUCAAGACAUCUGAUUUAAUUUGUUCAAAUUGAUCAUCAGACAAGAAAAAAAAAAAGUUGCCUGCAAAUCCUGGAAUUCUAAAGAUUAGGAAAAAAAUUAUUUUGUUCACAAUAUAAAGUUAAUCAAAACGAUACUUACAGAAGGUAAAGUAUAUAUUAUGAUAGAACAAAGUACUUCUACUGACAAGACAUACCGUUUACUGUACAUUAAUCUGACCUACCAAUGACAGCCUAUAGAAAAUACUACAAUUAACUUGUCCAAACAAAAACUGUAGAUUUAUGUGUUUCUGAUAACUAGAGAGAAACUUAUUUACUGGACAGAGUAGUCAGAACUAUUAACCCAUUACUGUUACUUAAAAAAUAAGAUUACUUAAGUAGAAGUACGGUGAGGUAAAACUACGGCUAGAGCUACGUUUCUAUAAACGUUACUAAAUUAAAUGUGAUACUUCUCACUCUUCAAAGCAGUCAGUGACCUGAUGCAUGUAAAAAUACUACUAAUAAUAAUAUACAUUCAAUACAUUUCAGUUUAUAUAAAUUGUGUAAUUAUGGAGAGAAAAUGUUUUUGGCUCACCUCUGGUAUUUAUGUUUAUUAUUUAAAUAAUUAAAAUUAUUAAAAUAUCAACAGAUAGAUAGAAGUACAACAUUCAUUUUGGGAGAUAAACAACCAACAAACAAAACAUGUCUGGAAGCAGUUUCCACUUUUCUUCUUUUUCAAUCAUUUUCAUACAACAUGUUUUAUUGCUUACUUUCAUAUUUCAUGUACUUUGAAUUGCAGUAAUAAACAUUUUCUCAUCUCGCUUAAACAGAUUAAACUGAUGUAACUCAUGCUUUAAGUUUUGACAACGUUUGCAUUACAUUUAAGACUUAUGCACAGCUUCAGAAUAAGAAAAUUAACAUUUAGCAGUAAACCAUGCAGAUCUUUCUAUCAUAAAAUGCAAUAUUACACGCUUCAGUAUUAAUCUUACAAAUUCCUUUUUUGUUUCCUGUAAACAUUUAUACAGUAUUUUGGUUUUUUUAUUCAAAUCUGCUCAAAUAAAAGUUGAAUAAAUCACUUUUUGGUCCAGUUGUGUUUUACUUAGGAGUGAUAAUAAAUGACGAUAGCAAUAAGCCAUUUGAUGUAUUGUUUUAAUGUCCAACCAGCUGAAACUUUGGUCAUUUUGAGCAUUUAUUACAAACAAAAACACAAAUAUUUCAGGACAAACGAUGCUUCACCCUCUAUGCUUUAGGAAAUUAUUACAUUUUUAAAUAAACAUUUUGAAAAUGUAGAGUUAAUCUGAUUCAGUUACUAUCAGACUCCAUGUUGUAAACUGAAGUUUCUUAUGCAAUUUCUGGAAAAACAGGAACAUGUAGAAAUUACCAGAAGAGUUUAGUCCGUCUUUUAAAGAAAGAGCCUCAAAUUCAAAAAACUUUGAUUUAAAAAAAUAAUAAAAUAACUUCAAAGUUAAUUCAUUAGAAAAUUGCUAAUUAGUAAUUUACCUCAAUAGCUAUUGAGGAAGAAAUGGUGCUACGUGUGAAAUAGUUACUGUCACAUUCUUACUUUAGUUGAAGACAUUUUUUUACCGUUUCUUUAAAUCUUUUAAUUAUUUAUCAUGUGGGUCUCCAUUUUCUUAGUGCCGUAAUCCAUGUUCAUUUUCUCUUCCUUCUUGUCUGCAUUUGCCUCCUUAGUAAUAUAUUUGUUGAAAUAAAAUUCUUACCUAGGUCUGAUUGGUGCUUUUAUUUAAAAUCCGCUAAACCUCCAGCUUCAGAGUUUGUGUUGCUCUUCCACUGAAAACGGCGAUAAAUCAGCACUUUCCUAAGAUGACAGACGAAAAAGCUGGCUAGCUAGCGGUAUCGUAGCAGUCUAUGGGCGGAACCGCACACGUUGAGAACCGCUAUUGCAGACGGAGCUCUUUAAGCCCGG